UGUGUGUGUGUGUGUGUGGUUAUUCUCCAUCACCCACUCUCCGGCCUCCCUGCUACAGAAUCAAGCUUGAGCCCUGUGUCCUGCCUCCAUGCCUCUUCUCCCUCCCAGAGCCCAACUGCUGUCACUCCAUGCUUUGCCAAGAAGGAGGGAACUGCAGUGACAGCAGGAGUAAGGAGAGGCCAGGCAGAGCUCUAUAGGGAAGGGGGUGCCCAAACUAGGUGACAGACCCAUAGGGAGGACAGAGGAGCAGGGCAAGAGGCUCUGAAAGCUUGAAGCAGGGAAGGGAGAGCAAAAGGGAGCCAGAAGACAGGGAAACCUGUGAAUACAGAGGUACCCGGCAACGAUGGGAACUCAACGGCACAACCACAAGCUGCCCUUGGCCCUGGUGCUUCUGACCCUAGGGGCUGGGUGGGCUCAAGAAGGGUCAGAGCCUGUCCUGCUGGAGGGGGAGUGCCUGGUGGUCUGUGAGCCAGGUCGACCUGCUGCAGGGGGACCUGGGGGAGCAGCCCUGGGCGAGGCACCUCCAGGAAGAGUGGCGUUUGCUGCAGUUCGAAGCCAUCACCAUGAACCAGCAGGGGAAACCGGCAACGGCACCACUGGUGCCAUCUACUUUGACCAGGUGCUGGUGAAUGAGGGUGGUGGCUUUGAUCGGACCUCAGGCUGCUUCGUGGCCCCUGUCCGUGGAGUCUACAGCUUCCGAUUCCACGUGGUAAAGGUGUACAACCGCCAAACUGUCCAGGUGAGCCUGAUGCUGAAUACAUGGCCGGUCAUCUCAGCCUUUGCCAAUGACCCUGAUGUGACCCGAGAGGCAGCCACAAGCUCUGUGCUGCUUCCCCUGGACCCUGGGGACCGUGUGUCCCUGCGCCUUCGCCGGGGGAAUCUUCUGGGUGGCUGGAAAUACUCAAGCUUCUCUGGCUUCCUCAUCUUCCCACUCUGAGAACCCAAGCCUUUAAAAGACAGAUAUCUAGUAUCUGGUCUUCUGCCUUCCCCUGCCCUGCCCUGCCUUGCCCCAGAAACAAGCGUCUUUGGAGCAAAAGAAAGGCCCCCUCAGGCUGCCUAUAGCCCACCUCCUUGCAUGAGAUCCUAUGCCAAACACCCAAGGCUAAGAGUGUAGAAGAACAGAGCUAUGGAGUUUCUAGAGGCAACAUUCCUCACCCCCACCACUCCAGUUGCCCUCCCAGACUCUGCUGCCCCUUGCCUGCCUCCACUUCUGACUUAAAGCAGGAUUGGCAAGAGGGGAGCCUGUACUACUUCACAGACUCCACUCCUCCUGUUCUCCACCCUGGCUUCCUGCUCAGUGUUAUUUGGUGACAGGUGGCACAGGUAAGCCUGACAGGCUCCCACAGGGACCCAGAUGGACGAGCCUCAUAGUACCUGCAGACUCCAUCCUGUUAGGAGUGCCAGCAUGAGAGAUCUCAGCCAGCACCGUACUAACAGGGACUGACAGCCCAACCAUAAAAAGAAGUGUGGGGAGGGCCACAAGAGCAUCCAUAGCUGAAGAGAUAGAAUGAGGGCAUGUACCUACCCUGAACA